AUGGCGCACGCUGGCGGCGGUAGCGGCGGCGGCGGCGGCGGCGGCUCCGCGGGCCGGGGGCUGAGCGGCGCCCGCUGGGGUCGCUCGGGUUCGGCGGGCCACGAGAAGCUGCCGGUGCACGUGGAGGACGCCCUUACCUACCUGGACCAGGUGAAGAUCCGCUUUGGCAGCGACCCUGCCACCUACAACGGCUUCCUGGAGAUCAUGAAGGAGUUCAAAAGUCAGAGCAUCGACACUCCUGGAGUCAUCAGACGUGUCUCACAGCUCUUCCACGAGCACCCGGACCUCAUUGUUGGAUUUAACGCUUUCCUUCCCCUCGGAUACAGAAUAGACAUUCCUAAGAACGGCAAGUUGAACAGCCACUCACCUCUGACCGGCCAGGAGAACUCGCACAACCAUGGCGACUGUGUGGAUGACUUCAAGCAGCAGCUGCCAUAUAAGGAGGACAAACCGCAGGUGCCCUUGGAGUCGGAUUCUGUGGAGUUCAACAACGCCAUCAGCUACGUGAACAAGAUCAAGACCCGCUUCCUGGACCACCCGGAGAUCUACAGGUCCUUCCUGGAGAUCCUGCACACCUACCAGAAGGAGCAGCUGCACACAAAGGGCCGGCCAUUCCGAGGCAUGUCAGAAGAAGAGGUCUUCACUGAGGUGGCUAACCUGUUCCGUGGCCAGGAGGACCUGCUCUCUGAGUUUGGACAGUUCCUGCCCGAGGCCAAGCGGUCCCUGUUCACAGGCAACGGGCCGUGUGAGAUGAGCAGCGUGCAGAAGAGCGAGCAGGACAAGAGCCUGGACCACAGCAAGAAGCGCUCCCGGCCUUCGCUCCUCCGCCCCGUGUCUGCUCCUGCCAAGAAGAAAAUGAAACUCCGUGGUACCAAAGACCUGUCCAUCGCAGCUGUGGGGAAGUAUGGGACGCUGCAGGAGUUUUCCUUCUUUGACAAGGUCCGCAGGGUGCUGAAGAGCCAGGAGGUGUACGAGAACUUCCUGCGCUGCAUCGCGCUCUUCAACCAGGAGCUGGUGUCGGGCUCCGAGCUCCUGCAGCUCGUCAGCCCGUUCCUCGGGAAAUUUCCAGAACUCUUUGCACAGUUCAAGUCGUUCCUGGGAGUGAAAGAACUGUCAUUUGCACCACCCAUGAGCGACCGGUCUGGGGACGGAAUAAGUCGAGAGAUCGACUAUGCAUCUUGCAAGCGCAUCGGGUCCAGCUACCGGGCACUCCCCAAAACCUACCAGCAGCCCAAGUGCAGUGGGAGGACAGCCAUCUGCAAGGAGGUGCUGAACGACACCUGGGUGUCCUUCCCCUCCUGGUCGGAAGACUCCACCUUCGUCAGCUCCAAGAAGACGCCCUAUGAGGAGCAGCUGCACCGCUGUGAGGACGAGCGAUUCGAGUUAGACGUAGUCCUGGAGACCAACCUGGCCACCAUCCGGGUUCUGGAGAGCGUGCAGAAGAAGCUGUCGCGGAUGGCACCCGAGGAGCAGGAGAAGUUCCGGCUGGAUGACUCCCUGGGCGGCACGUCCGAGGUGAUCCAGCGGCGUGCCAUCCACCGCAUCUAUGGGGACAAGGCCCCUGAGAUCAUCGAGAGCCUCAAGAAGAACCCCGUCACCGCCGUCCCCGUCGUCCUGAAAAGGCUGAAGGCCAAGGAGGAGGAGUGGCGGGAGGCCCAGCAGGGCUUCAACAAGAUCUGGCGCGAGCAGUAUGAGAAGGCCUACCUCAAGUCCCUGGACCACCAGGCCGUGAACUUCAAGCAGAACGACACCAAGGCUCUGCGCUCCAAGAGCUUGCUCAACGAGAUUGAGAGCGUCUAUGAUGAGCACCAGGAGCAGCACUCGGAGGGCCGCAGCGCGCCGUCCAGCGAGCCGCACCUCAUCUUCGUGUACGAGGACCGGCAGAUCCUGGAGGACGCGGCGGCGCUGGUCAGCUACUACGUGAAGCGGCAGCCGGCCAUCCAGAAGGAGGACCAGGGCACCAUCCAGCAGCUGCUGCACCGCUUCCUGCCCAGCCUCUUCUUCUCGCAGCAGCCGCAGCCGCAGCCGCAGCCGCAGCCGGCGCCGGCGCCCGGCCCCGAUGAGCCGGGGGAGCGGGAGCGGGAGCGGGACGGGCCCGCGGGGCCGGGGGCGGAGCCGGCCGAGCGCAGGAAGCCGGACGCGGGGCCCGGCGGGGACGCGGGCGCACGGCCGCCGCGGGCGCUGGACGACGUGUACAGCCUGUUCUUCGCCAACAACAACUGGUACUUCUUCCUGCGGCUGCACCAGACGCUGUGCUCGCGCCUGCUCAAGAUCUACCGGCAGGCGCAGAAGCAGCUGCUGGAGUACCGCGCCGAGAAGGAGCGCGAGCAGCUGCUGUGCGCCGGCCGCCGCGAGAAGGGCGGGGACCCCGCCAUGGAGCUGCGCCUCAAGCAGCCCAGUGAGGUGGAGCUGGAGGAGUAUUAUCCCGCCUUUCUGGACAUGGUGCGGAGCCUGCUGGAGGGGAGCAUCGACCCCACGCAGUACGAGGACACCCUGCGCGAGAUGUUCACCAUCCACGCCUACAUCGGCUUCACCAUGGACAAGCUGGUGCAGAACAUCGCUCGGCAGCUGCACCACCUCGUGAGUGACGACGUCUGCCUGAAGGUGGUGGAGCUCUACCUGAGCGAGAAGAAGCGGGGUGCUGCUGGAGGAAACCUGUCCUCCCGCUGUGUCCGUGCUGCCAGGGAGACCAGCUACCAGUGGAAAGCGGAGCGGUGCAUGGCGGAUGAAAACUGCUUCAAGGUAAUGUUCCUGCAGCGCAAAGGGCAGGUGAUCAUGACCAUUGAGCUCCUGGACACCGAGGAGGCCCAGACGGAGGACCCUGUGGAGGUGCAGCACCUCGCUCGCUACGUGGAGCAGUACGUGGGGACGGAGGGCGCGUCCAGCUCGCCCACCGAGGGCUUCCUGCUGAAACCCGUGUUCCUGCAGAGGAACCUGAAGAAGUUCCGGCGCUGGCAGUGCGAGCAGGUGCGCACCCUGCGCGGCGAGGCCAAGAGCUCCUGGAAGCGGCUCAUGGGCGUGGAGAGCGCGUGCGACGUGGCCUGCCGCUUCCGCCUCAGCACGCACAAGAUGGUGUUCAUCGUGAACUCGGAGGACUACAUGUACCGCCGCGGCACGCUCGGCCGCGCCAAGCAGGUGCAGCCGUUGGUGCUGCUCCGCCACCACCAGCACUUCGAGGAAUGGCACGGCCGCUGGCUGGAGGACAACGUGACGGUGGAGGCGGCCGGCCUGGUGCAGGACUGGCUGAUGGGCGAGGAGGACGAGGACAUGGUGCCCUGCAAGACGCUCUGCGAGACGGCGCACGUGCACGGCCUGCCGGUCACCCGCUACCGCGUGCAGUACAGCCGCCGCCCCGCCUCGCCCUGAGUCCCGGGGCCGCCGCCGCCCCGGCCCUGUGCCAAACCCCAGCCCCGCGCCGGCCCGCCUCCCGGGCAGGGGACUCGCGGCUGCACGCGGGAGGGGCCCGUGUCGCCUGAGGG